CAUUAGACAUAACAGAUGUAUUUAGUGUGGGAACAUACACGUUGGAUUUGAAAUAAGAUAACUUGAAGAUGUGUUUGAAAAGUUAUAUUUUGAUUAAACACAUCAAUUGAACAACAACAAAAAAUAAGAAAAUUGAAUGAAAAUUUGUAAAAUUACGUAAAAAUAAAUGUUAAAAUUUUAUUUAUUUGAAUUGAGUUCAAAGAGUGAGUGACGUCAGGCACAACACCAACUUCAAAUCGAAUGAAAGUAAAUGUCAAUGUCAAACUUCUUGUGAUUAUUAGUGUUUGCACAUUUUUUUCAUACAGCCAGAUUUUGUAUAUGGUUUACUCCUGUUCUGUUCAAAAGGAUGAGUGACGGAGAAAGUCCUUGGAAAAGGCCAAAACUGACUCAUGGAGAUGGGCCAUAUCGAAAUCCAAAAGCCGGUCCAUCAAAGGUGCAGGUACAGCCAGAGCCACAGCCAGAGCUACAGCCACAGCCACAGUCGAAAAUUUUCAAGCUGGACAUCGAUUGUUUUGACGAGAUAUUCGAGUAUUUAUCGCUGAAAGACCUGCAUUCAUUCGGGCAAACAUGCAAGACGAUGCAAAAAGUUUCCGGAGAAUAUUUCAAACGAUAUUAUUCAGCGGCUGAAACACACAUAAAAAAUGGAGGCAUUGACACAGUGUAUUCGGACUAUAAACGUUCAAUUAAUAGACGUACUUCAACUACUGCAUUCAGCCAAUUCAUUACGAACAUCACACAUCGCUCUUACGCCCUUCAACCACUGCGCUAUAUUCGCCGCCAUUUUGGAGAGUUUGAUUCAAUUCGACGUGUUUGUUUCAAGAAUCUAGAUUUUGAUGAAGAGAAAGGUGAAGAAUUACAAAGAAUAUGGCCCAAUGUUGAAACGGUGCAUUUAAUAGGAUGUUCAAUUUGCGAAGAUUUACACGAAAUAUUUCUGCGACAUUGUAAAAACAACUUGAAACGUCUUUGUGUACAGUCAGCUAAAUGGCCUGCAUUUGAUCCCUAUGUGCGUGUCCCAUGGUUUCAUCGUGAAUAUCCAAUGCUUGAACAUUUAGAAUUGAUUCCAAUUCCACCGAUGGUUGAGUUGAAUUUAUUGUUUCAAAAAAAUCGGAAUGUAAAAAGCUUUUCAACCAGUGGAUUCGAUUUUUGGCGUAACAAAAAUGAAUUCAUGCAAUUAAAUGUACAAUUGGAUUUAUUACAGAUUAAAGCUUCAUAUGUUUCUGUCAAGGAAAUGUCAUCUGUAUUGUGGGAACUUUAUGAACGCGGUUUCUUCAAACGUUUGCAUCACUGCACCAACACCGUUGACGAAGAAUCCAGCAUCGAAUUGAAUUUGAUGCCUGCACUCGAAAAGCUAUGCAUCGAGAGAUUUACCGUAACAUUCGACUUGGCUCGACUCAUCAAAUUGAGGGAAUUGGUUAUUUUGGAUGGAGCCAAUGCUACUGAUAUGGACAUUCUCGCGAACAAUUUAAUCAAUUUGCAACGUGUUUACAUUGGCAAGGCAACAAUUGAAGAUAUACUACCAUUCAUUCGUCGAUCACCAGAACUGACCAAACUCAAAGUCAUCCCCAGAAACGAAGCUCAUUUCAACAGAGGAGUUCUCAAGCUGGUGACAUUCAACAAGGAACGUGAGAAAUUGGUUGGAGCACGGAAAGUAACAAUUUAUGUGCCAGACAAUAUUUUCUUGAAAACCAAAUGGACCACCAAACAUGGUGACACGAACCUAAAAUUUGUCGAAAUGCAGAGAUCUGGUUCAUAUGAAUGGAAUCAAAUUUGUUAUUGAAUUUGUUUUUUUCUUACUUAAAUCCGUAAUGUUCAAUUUUCUUAAUUUUAUAAAAUCCUGUUUUUAUUUUCUUUACUAUGAGUAAAUAUAAUUGCGCUAAAGUAUGGGUUGAAGUCCUGCGAAAAAUAAUUUCUGCGCAUAUUUUCCAACCUCAUUUGAAAUUUUCAAUAAAAAAAUAAUUAAAGAAAAAUUGUCAAGAAAUAACUUUAUUUGCGUAUUUAGUCAAAAUUAUAUUGAAUUUACUGAAUUUAAUGCUAAUGAUUGUUUAAGGAGAGGUAACGAUGUGUUGAAUUCAUGUUUAUAUGGAAAAUAGUUAUUUUGUGACGAUGACUUUUGAGAUGGAUACACUAGGAAGACCAAAGACAGUUAUUCACGCUUCGCGAUGUUGAACUUCAAUUUGACGAGAUAUCGAAUCUUCACGCGAGACUCGUCGGACACAACGAAUUCAUUGAACGUAAUGCCAGUAUUUUCGCUUCGUCGAAUGAGCGUACCGUUUGGAAUUUUAAGGCCAUCAGGUCGAAUAUGCAGUGGAUGUGGAUAGUACUGACCUAAAGCGGAAUUUUCGGAUAUAUUUUGUGUCAGUUUUAAUAAAUUUUAUGUUCAUUUUGUUAAAAUUUAUGACUAUUUUUGAAAGUUUUAUGACAAAAUUCGGGUCACUCACCCAAAGCUUGCACGGUUUCACAGUAGUCGAUCAAUUUUUUGUUAUCGUGUUUAUAACGAAUGUCAGUAAUACCGGCCGCCACUUCACACAGCAAAACCAAUCCGAAUCCCUUGCUUCCAGAACGGCAGUAGCCGGCGGAUUUUGACACUGAGUCCGAAAAGUAGAUGCCUCUUCCAAAAAUGGAUCCGCAGAACUAGAAUGACAGAACAGAAUUUAAAAAGAUAAAGAAAAUAGGAAGGAAAAAUUGAGGAAUUUGAAAUUUUCGCGAAAAUUCAAAGUUUAAAAGUAAAUCCAAAUAAAAUUAUUCUCUCACCAUGGCUUCCGGUGGUGAGAUCUUCAAGCCAUUUGUCAAUAUACCGACAAAAUUUUGAAUCGGUGAUCCAUGAAACAGUAAUUGGCGAUUGAAGUUAUUCUCAUACGGUGCGUAUCGCAUGAGCUCUUCAUGGCGUAAAACUUCAAAUACUUCGUUAACUUCAAACGCACCCGGAUCAUAGUAACUUUGAUUAUUUACAUGCAAUUGCGUGUUAUUGAUGUAAUUACAGAUUUGCGUAUACAUUCCCGAUGAUUUGUUCAGCAUGGUAAUUUCGGCCGAGUCUUCAAGCUGUGCAUAGCACAAAUCGAGCAAGUUUCUCUCUUGAUUCGAUUCGCUGAUCAAAAAUUGAUAUCGCAGUUCUUUUUGCAGCAGAUGUUGCAGCAUGUUCAUUUUUUCUUCGAUCAUUUUGCAUGUCUCGAUGAUGGGUGGUCGACGAUGACUAAAAUUGUGUGGAAAGUAUGAGUAAAAUUGAUUUGACAGGGCGAUGAUUUGUUGACGAUUUUCUGUGCAUUGUACCGAUGAGAGUUCACCCAAAAUAUUCAUUGCUGCUUGAAUUUGCGUCUUACUCAAUUUACCCAGUGGCAUACUGUCGAGAUCGAAACAAAAUUCAAUCAAUGUUGAAUUGAACACAUGGUCAUCACUGUACAGCAGCUCCAUUAGUUCGUAUAACGGUUUUGAGAGUUUUGUCGCUGGGCCAUUUGCUAGCGAGCUUCGCUUCACUUCCAGAGAUUCGUUGUCAAUGAGCACAUGAUUGUAAAGUCCAGGCUUUUUCACGAAAUUCGUGGUACCAAAUUCAUUGCCAGUCUUUUCAAAGUAGAUCCUGUUGAACUCAAUUUUGGCUAGGUCCAGGGUUGUAUAGUGCUUUCGAUUAUUGGUGCCAACUGAUGUGCCAAUUCGACCCAUUGACUCAUCUACUGAGUAUCUGCAAAUUAAAUUGAUUUGUUUUUUCCAACUUAUUCUUUAAUCAAAUGAAUUCAAAUCUUUUCAAUUCAAAAUUAUUCAUUGCUGAAUUGACUAAUUUGAGUGGAGAUGAUUUUCUAUAGCACACUUACUGUGAGGUUCCAUAUGCGACUCGGUGCAACUGCAGUUUGCAGUAUGUGUUCUUGUUUGAUGUGGUAUCGACGAAAUCCAAUACAGCUUCUUGAACAACAGCGUCUCCAUUUUUAUCACCAGUAUUUGGAUCAAAAAUGUAAUUCCGUCCCGGGCGAUCAUUUGUGCUGACCGGCCGAAAGAUGGGUUUUCGUUCUGGCAUACGUUCGUAUGGCUACAUGAAAUGAGAAAAAGUGUUAAAAUCGAUCCAAUCUCGUUGUAAAGUUUUUCAACCUAAGAUCUGAAUUCAAUGAACGUUAACGUUCAAGCAAAAUUGUACAACAACAACUUAAUUGCGUGACAAAAUUGUGUAAAAAGUGUGACUAAAUAGACAAACGUACAUCCUUUCCCCAUUUGGUCAAAUCGUUCUUCACAAUCACUUCGAUUGGAUCGUUUUCCAUAACUUCGUUGAGAAAAUCGUCUGGUAUCACUUGAAUUCGAUGAAUAAACGCGUCUUUUAUCAAUUCGGAGUAAUUUUUCACCUCAUUUGCAUUUGAAAUGACUGCAGCGAGACUCGUGUGGACUUUUGAUGUGAUUUUUCCACCCAUUGCUUCAAUCUUUUUUUCGAUGUCUUCUUGUGAUAUUCCCGUUUCGCCGACAAUACAAAAUUCCAUAUCGAACAAUGGCUGUUUUGUGUAUAUU